AUGGCGCCCAGUUUCGACGACGAUUUUGUCUACACCAUCUCUGACCAUGAUGAUGUGUCCGACGAUGGUGGCGCCGACGAGUCUGCGGCGGCGAGCGCAAAGCUAGCAGGCGCUGGCAAGAAGAGGAAAUACACAGAGGAUCCGGACCUGGGUAUCAGGCCCAAGGAGGUCGCCUCAAAGAAGGCAAAGAAGGACAAGAAGAAGGGAAAAAAUGGAAAGCACGCCGAGCCUGAACCAGAGCCCGAAGAAGACGAAGACGAAACCGUAAUGCCACAACCAGGCGAAGACAUUGAGCAAAAUGACGACAUUGCCAGCGACUUCGAGUUUGCUGUCGGUGAUAUAGACACGGGAUUUGUGGAGGAGUUCGACGGUUGGGGAAACGACAAUGGCACGGUCGCACAGGAGUCUGGAAAGAAGAGCACUGCUGUGGACGUCGACGACAUCAUUGAGCGCAGACGGAACAAGCAGAGGGCAAAGCAAACUGCUGAGCCAGACUCCUCAGAUACCUCGGUCGACGGUGACUUUGAGGGUUUCGGCGACGAUGACGAGCUCAUGGCGGAGGACGGCUUCGGUAUGGGUGCUCCCAGCGACUCUGAAGACGAAGAGGAUGAGGAGGAAGCUUCAGACAAUGAACAAGACAGGGCAAACGAGGACUCUGAUGAGGAGAACGGGUCAGACGGCAAUCAAGAUGAAGACGAAGAUUUACCUCAUGUUCCCCACCCUAUGGAUCUCGAGGCUGCCGAGACAGAAGAUGAGGAUGCGAGCGAGCAAGAAGACGCCGUCGAAGCCAAGAAGGCCGCCGCUUUUUUCGCGCCCGAAGACAGUGUUACAAUUAAAAAGAAAAAAGGCGCAAAAGGAGCGACAGGGUCAUUCCAGGCCAUGUCACUCUCGCGACCUAUUCUACGAGGCCUAGCAUCCGUAGGGUUCACGGAGCCAACUCCAAUUCAGAGCAAGGCUGUUCCUAUCGCUAUGCAAGGAAAAGAUGUUGUUGGUGGUGCCGAGACCGGUUCGGGUAAAACAGCUGCUUUCCUUAUCCCCAUCCUUGAGCGUCUGUUGUACCGUCAGAAGAAGAUUCCGACCACACGUGUUGCCAUCUUUAUGCCUACGCGUGAGUUGGCGGUACAAUGUUUCAAUGUUGCUACGAAGCUCGCGUCGUUCACCGACAUCACUUUUGCAUUGAUGGCUGGUGGUUUCUCCUCGCGCGAGCAGGAAGCCGUUUUGAAGACGAGGCCAGAUGUGGUCAUUGCAACGCCCGGUCGUUUUAUUGAUCACAUGCAUAACACGGCUGCCUUUCAAGUUGAGAACCUCGAAAUCCUUGUUCUUGAUGAAGCCGAUCGUAUGCUCGAAGAAGGUUUCGAGAGCCAGCUGAACGAAAUCCUCACCACCAUCCCCAAAUCACGCCAGACAAUGCUCUUCUCCGCUACCAUGACGAGCUCAGUCGACAAGCUGAUUCGAAUUGGUAUGGACAAGCCUGUGCGGCUCAUGGUGGAUUCUAAGAAACAGACUGUCAAGGGAUUGACGCAGGAAUUUGUGCGAUUGAGGCAAGGCAAAGAAGACAAGAGACUCGCAUAUUUGAUGUACAUCUGUGAAAAGAUCUACACUGAGAAGGUCAUCGUCUUCUUCAGACAAAAGAAAGAGGCGCAUAGGGUCCGAGUAGUAUUCGCACUUUGUGGACUUAAGGCGAGCGAGCUUCACGGUAACAUGAGCCAAGAACAGCGUAUUCAAGCUGUUGAAGCGUUCCGUUCCGGCAAGUCGUCUUACUUGCUUGCAACUGACGUUGCCUCGCGUGGUCUUGAUAUCAAGAAUGUUUCAACAGUCAUCAACUACGAAGCGCCUCAGACGCACGAGAUCUACUUGCAUCGUGUCGGUCGUACGGCUCGUGCCGGACGAAGCGGUCGAGCGUGUACACUUGCCGCAGAGCCUGACCGUAAAGUGGUCAAGCAAGCGGUAAAGGCAUCACGCGAGCAAGGAGCCAAGGUAGUCAGCCGUCAAGUCCCUGCCGAGGAGACAGAGAGAUGGAUGAAGAAGAUCAAGAGUCUGGAGAAGGAGAUUGAGGAGGUUUUGGAAGAAGAAAAAGAGGAGCGUGCCAUGACUGUCACUGAGCGGGAUCUCAAACGGGGUGAAAACCUGAUUGUGCACGAGGAUGAGAUCAAGGCUCGGCCGAGACGUACAUGGUUUGAGACGGAGAAGGAGAAGUUGGCUGAAAAGGAGAGGGGUGCGGCAGCGCUCAACGGGCCGGCUGGAGGUAAGGACAAGAAGAAGAAGCUCAGCGGCAAGGACAAGAAGAAGCUUGAAGCAAAGGAUGUGCGCAAGGAGGGUAAACAAUGGAAGAAGGGCAAGGGGGAUCGUGGCAUGAGCACAAGGACUGCAAAGGAGAAGCAGUCCAAGAUGAAGUCCAAGUCGAAGAAGAUUGCGGCCAAGUCGAGCUUCAAGGGCUUCAAGGAGUAG